AUUUUGCAGUUAUGAGUGUUAUGAGAAUGUUGCUACUUGGGUGUCUUCUCGCCGCUGCUCUUGUCCCGAUCCAGGCCUCGGAAUACAAGUGCGAGGAGGAUGCUGGGAGUUGCCCGGAAAAUAGGGGAAUACAGUGUGGAGGAUAUGGCGAGUGUAUUUGUGGCCAUUGCGCAUGUCAGCCAGGUUUCUAUGGAGACAGUUGUCAAUGCUCCUCAGUCACCUGUUCCUAUAGCAACGGGAAAAUUUGUGGUGGACCAGACCGAGGCCGAUGUGAAUGCGGGGUGUGUAAGUGUAAGCAAGGGUUCGCUGGUGAAGCAUGCGAGUGCCCUCUAUCACAAAACUCUUGUGUCGCCAGCAAUGGGGUGGUCAUGCUUUAG